AAAUUCACGCCGCCUCCGAGCAGCCGUCCUCCGCCACAACUUCGCCAGGGGCGCGCCCUAGCCCCGCCCUUAUUAUCCCCGUCUAUGGCUUCUUCUGCUGCAGCCGCUGCCGCUGCCGCUGACGCCGCCGCGCUGCCCCUCCCAUGGCUCUCCUCGCGCUCCGUAUUGGGCCGCUUCUCCCAGCCCCGCCACAACGCCGCCGGAUCCUCCGCAACCGGUGCCGGGUCCGGAUCGUCGCCUCCAAUGCCACCACACCCGUGAGGGACGGGGGCGCGGCCGCGGUGGUGUGGUUCAAGCAUGACCUCCGCAUCGACGACCACCGGGGCCUCGCCGCCGCCGUCGCGGAGCCGCGGCGCCCUGUCGUGCCGCUCUACGUCUUCGACCGGCGCAUCCUCGCAGGUUAUUCAGAUAAAAUGCUGGAACUGCUGCUAUUUGCUCUGAAAGAUCUUAAGAUGGCGUUGAAGUCUCAAGAGUCUGAUCUGCUUAUAGGCUUGGGAAAUGCUGAAGAUGUUGUGCUGAAGCUUGUGAAUGAGGUCACUAUGCAAGGUGCAAGCAGGUCUUAUUUUUACAGAAGAGGAAGUUGAAUAUAGAGUGCGCAAUGUUCUGGCCAAUGUUGAAUCAUCUUUAUCUAAUGGGUCAUUCUCAUGGGGAAGCCCUCCCAAGAUAGUGGCUUGGAGUGCCCCGUUGUAUGACUAUAAGAAUUUGGAAGAAGUAUCGACGUCAUACGACCAAUUUUUAAAGAAAAAACUACCAAUGGCCACACCUCUUGCUGCUACAGCUUUGCCUGCUCUAAAUUUGGAGUUAGACACAGGUUUUCUACCCACUCUGGAAGAAUUAAAAGGUUUCCUAAAAGACAGUAGAACACCAGAGGAUACUUGGGUCCCUCUCAAGAACACGUCUGCAAGAUCUAUUCUAAAAGGGACUGUCAGCCUAAGAAAGAUCAAAAGUAACACUACAUUAAGCACCAGCAGUAAUGGUGAAAACAUAGAGGAUAUCCCCAUGGAUUCUGGUGCAUCAGGAAGGAGAAUUGUGAAUUCAAUGUUUGCAUCUGAAAACUCGCUUGAAGUUAGAGGUGGAACAGAUAUUACUUUGGAUGCCUUGGCUGCUUACCUAAGAUACCUCGAAGGCACAGGAAAUGCUAGUUGGCAAGAGUUGCAUGAUAAAGUGCGCUUAGCUGAAACCAGAGAUGGUGCCUCAUUCUACACCUUGUUUGGUCCUGCAAUUCAGCUUGGAGUCAUAUCCAGGAGGAAAGCUUACAGUGAUACUAUUCAAUACGAGAAAGAUCGCAAUGCUGGUUUUCUAUCACCAUUUGGGUACUCAACACCUACAGUGAAAGCAGCAGUAGAUGCUAUAUGUUCGAUGGAGUGGUAUUGGCUCUUGGCGUCGAAAUCCCAAGUAUCUGUCGAGGGAAAUUGUCCUGUAAGAAUUUGGAGAUGGAAGGGUUAUCUUGUACAGUACACUUUUGUUGGCAACGAAGGUCCAGCUGUUCUUCUUGUGCAUGGUUUUGGAGCGUUCCUGGAGCAUUUUCGUGACAAUAUAGACAACAUUGCUGAUAUGGGCCACCGAGUUUGGGCAAUUACUCUUGUUGGCUUUGGAAAAUCAGAGAAACCAAAUGUCAACUAUUCAGAACUUUUCUGGUCAGAGUUACUGAGAGACUUUAUUAUUGAUGUUGUGAGGGAACCUGUUCAUCUUGUUGGCAACUCUAUUGGAGGCUAUAUCUGUGCCAUUGCUGCUGGUUUAUGGCCUUCUCUUGCAAAGUCUCUGGUUCUUUUAAACUCAGCUGGUUCUGUUGUUCCAAAUUACUCCUUCGUCCCAUUGAGUGAAGAAAGACGAACAUCUUGGCUUUCCAGGUUGCAGGCACAGCUUCUUUUGCUCUUCUUGAGAUCAAGGGUAGAAGGCAUUCUUAAAGAAUAUUAUCCUACUAGAACGGGACGGGUGGACAAGCCACUUGUGGACCAGAUUAUUAGAGCUUCUUAUGAUCCUGGUGCUGUAACAGUUCUUGAGAGUGUAUUCAGCUUCAAUCUUUCAAUUCCUCUUAACUUUUUAUUUGAUUCUUUUGGAGGAAAAAUAUUAGUUAUCCAGGGUAUGAAAGAUCCCCUUACAAAAUCUGAGGCGUUUGUUACCAUGCUCCGAGAGCAUUGCAGCAAGGUUGAAAUCAGAGAGUUGAAUGCAGGUCAUGCUCCACAUGAUGAAGUUCCAGAUGAAGUAAAUACCCUACUGUGUGAAUGGACGAAACAAAUUGAAGUUAAACCAGCCCUGGAGAAGACCAAGGCAAUAUAGGUAACAUUUAGAAUUGUGGACACUAUACAUUGGCUGAUUGUUUAACAUGAUCUUCGGAAGCACUUUUGUAACUUAUCAGUGUGCUGCCAGCAAUUCUUUAAGUCUUGUGUGAUUAAAGUAUUGUAAGUUGUUAAACCCUGUACAAAAUUAUGUAUACUACUUUUGGCUUUUAAGCUUCAUGCCAUCUUCUGGCAGCUGAUAUUGAGAUGAAACAUACAUGAGAUCUCAGAAGAAGAAAUAAAAAGCAUUUGUGCAUGUUUAUGGGUAAAGUUAGGAGACAUGAUAUGCAAUUUUACAGUUGCUGAGAACUAGCUAAUACUUAGGGAUUGUUUGGAUUGAUGACUAGAGCCGAUCUCUAUUGAUUGGGAAGGUAUAUUGGGUCUGGUCCCCUUAAUAGUUACACUUUUUGACCCCAUUGUGUAAGUAAUAUUCAAUCAUGUUACUCCUGUAUGACUGUUCUUGUAGUUUAUCUACUCCACUUGUUUUAUUUGGACAGCGUAGCGGCAGAAUUGAUUAUUGUAUCAUGUCAAUUGGUGCUUUCUCUGUCCUUUAUGUGCAAAUUCUCAGAGAAGCCAACUGUAAUCAUCUCAUUGAACUAUUCUCCUGCAACUGCAAGAGCUUGAUCUGGGUUCAAAGUUCAAACCUGGGAUCAAAGCCGGGUGCCUGGGUCUGCAGGCUUUGAGCAAAACUUCUGCAUCAGCACAUGCCAUAUGCUUGAUGCAAAAUAUUACACGGCGACACAUAGUGUAAGAUAUUUUUCUUGAUGUGAUAUUUUUAGCUAUUCAGUUCUCACUAUCCAUGUUAGUUGUGUUAAUCAGAAGACAUUGGAUAUGUAGAGAAACCAAGUUCGGUGUUGAAAGACAUGCUUCCUUUCUCGCUUGCAUUGCAUGUUGUUUUCUGUGAAAUUACAGGUUCAUUCUCGAAUCUCGUGCGACUAGUAGCUCGUGUUCUUUUUUGAUGUUUCAUUUGGGAUCCGGGUCCACGAUGGUUUUGAAAGGAAUCUUUAUCGGCACUGGAGCUGGGUUUCAUCAUCCUGAGUGUGCAUUACAUCAGUUCGGCAGCUUCAGCACCAUUCAACGCCAUCUACCAAUCACCGGUGCUUCCAUCCUUUUUUUUUCUUUCUUUUUUGAGAACCGGUGCUUCCAUCCUUUCGCAAGGUCAUGAGACGGCACUGUCACUUUGGUCGCCUUCUCCCAGCAAAAAGAACCCGAGCAUUACCACUCCCGGACAGCGACUCACCCCCACUGCUCUCCCGAGUGAUAUCACCUGAUGACAGCCCCGCAUCACGCAUGCCGUCACUGUAUUUUUUAGCCCCCCUUUGGCUUUGCUGCCCAAUAUUCUGUGCCUUUCUCCGGAGCAAAUCGGCAGCGCUUCCACCAGUCUCGACUCUCGAGCCCUGGUAAGCAUGAAAUGAUUAUUUGCUGCCUCAUUUCGCAAUGCUUUAUUUGGUGGCCAUCUGAAAAAUCUUUGGGCGAGCACAGGGACCCCAUCAGCGAGGCCAUAAAACAAAGCUCUGAUUGGGAUCACUCAACCAACCCACCUUAUCUAUUCAGCAAGCUUUCACCAGGGCCCUUGUCCUGGUUUUCACCAAACCUGACAGCUACGCGCACAGUCCAUCCAUGGCCUCUCCAAAGGAUGUCAAGUUGCAGGUGACCACGUCAUCUCGACGAGGCUACUGACCUCUUCUUCGCUCUAAAUGAUAGGCCUUGAGAGUCGCCUGCACGGCUGCACCCGUCCAUGGCCACUACUUGGAGGCCAGUAGGCCCAGUACCACUCCUACUGCCUCCCCCGUCUUGCUCGCUCUACAAGGCCCUGGUACAAGCCUCCUCGGAAUUGUUAAUGCUUCUGUUGCUGUCGCCCGUGUCCCGUUGGUCCAAUCGCCCGGGAGAUGUUACAAGCUACUGCUCGUGCGCCACCAGCUGCUGCGCCCUUGCUGUCCGCUUCAAGAUUGGGCGACAGAAUCCGGGCAAAUGCGCCGCCGGAUGGUGAAACUUCUGAAGCUCUUCCACAAUAAGUCUACACUACAGAAGUAGGGCACACCAUAUUCUUAGAAAAGAAGAAAGAAAAAAGAGGGAGAGAAAAAACAUUGAUGCUGAUGUUUCAGAAUUCAGACAGGAACUAUAAGUCUCCUGUUAGAACACGGAUUUUGUUUUUCGCAUGUUCCAAGGGAUCAAACAAUUUUAUAUGAAGCUCGUGCAUUCUCA